AUGGAGAACGUGUCCGUCCCCGACGGCUCGCUGCCGCUCUGCAACGACUCGGUGGACUUCUACUCUCUCAUGCUAGGAAACGGCUCGGACCUGAACUGCUCUCUUCCCUCUGAGUUCUAUCUCUACGCCGACCUGUACGUCCUCAUGCCCAUCAUCUACUCGGUGAUCUGUGCCGUGGGCCUGACGGGCAACACGGCCGUGAUCUACGUGAUCCUCAAAGCUCCCAGGAUGAAGACUGUCACCAACAUGUUCAUCCUGAAUCUGGCCAUCGCCGACGACUUGUUCACUUUGGUUCUGCCGAUCAACAUCGCCGAGCACCUGCUGCACUACUGGCCUUUCGGAGAGGUUUUGUGCAAAGUCAUCCUCAGCAUCGAUCACUACAACAUCUUCUCCAGCAUCUAUUUUCUGACGGUCAUGAGCAUCGAUCGUUACCUGGUCGUCUUGGCGACAGUGAGGUCCAAGCGAAUGCCUUACCGCACGUACCGAGCGGCCAAAAUCAUCUCGCUGUGCGUCUGGAUCCUCGUCAUCCUCGUGGUCAUGCCCUUCACCGUGUUCGCAGGCGUCUACGUGAACCCCAACGACGAGAGGAAGAGCUGCGUCCUCAGCUUCCCCAGCCCCGAGCGGCUGUGGUUCAAAGCCAGCCGCAUCUACACCCUCAUCCUGGGCUUCGCCAUCCCAGUGUCCACCAUCUGCAUCCUAUACACCAUGAUGCUCUACAAGCUGAGGAACAUGCGUCUCAACAGCAACGCCAAGGCCCUGGACAAGGCCAAGAAGAAGGUCACCAUCAUGGUGUUCAUCGUUCUGGCCGUCUGCUUGUUCUGCUGGACCCCGUUUCACCUCAGCACCAUCGUGGCCCUGACCACGGACCUGACCACCACGCCCCUGCUGAUCGGGAUCUCUUACUUCAUCACCAGCCUGAGCUACGCCAACUCCUGCCUCAACCCGUUCCUCUACGCCUUCCUGGACGACAGCUUCAGGAAAGCCUUCAAGAAGAUGUUGGAAUGCAAACCGGCCUGA